CCAACCUCCAUCCUUCCAGCAACCCUGUGUCCCUACUUGGAUUUUGCUUACCCGUCCAACUCCCUAGCAAUGGUCGAUUUCUUUGGCCUUCCUAACGAGAUUAUUCUCCUCUGUGUUUCGACACUAGACCAGUCUGACAUCUUCCAGCUUCUACAGACUUGUCGCUACGCGCAGACCAUCUUAACGCCCACUUUGUACGCGAUUGGAUACGGCGCAGCUCUUCUCUGGGCCGCGGCAAGGAAUCAGAAACAGACAGUCGAAAGGGCCCUGAGAUACAGCCAGCCCGAAGCCAACGUGCUAUUCAAAGCGCUGCUGGCGGCUGCACUACACGGCCACGUCGAAAUCGCUGAGCAGCUGCUCGACCAUGGCGCGCCGACAGAGCUCCAGCAAGAGGAUGAGCAACUGCAGGCAAGACCUCGCCUAUUUCAAGCUAACCCUCCAGAUGACUCACCUCUCGUUGCGGCCAUUGUCGCCGGCCACCCGGCCAUCGUCUCUCUUCUCCUCGCCCGAGGCGCGAGGACCGACAUCGCAGGCCAAUGGGGUUAUUUUCCGCUCCACCACGCUUCUGACCAGCACGAGGGGCCGUCUUGUUUAUCCUUACUGCUCGCCGCUGGGGCGGAUGUCCACGCGCGUAACCAGGACGGAAUGACGGCGCUCGAUUUGGCGAGUGGGGAUGGGUUACAUGGGCGCACGCCCAGCAGUGGGAUCAUACGAGAGUUGCUUCUAGCCGAGGGUGGGAGUGUGCUCUCCCUUCUUACUAGUAAUAGGUCGUCAAUAGCGCGGAAGCUCAUAUCCACCGGUGAUGAAGAUUGUCAGCGGCUGGUGUUGGAAUUCGGAAUCCCGCGUAUGCUGCCCGUCGCGCCCUCUGUGGUUCUUCUGGCUGCUGCGGCUGUGGGUGAUGAGGCCAUUGUGAGCGAGCUGUUGCAGCGUCGCGAUCUCGAUGUGAAUGGGACAACAGAUCUCGCAGGGAACAAUGCCGUAAUGCUAGCUGCCAAGCACGGUCAUAGCGAUGUCUUUCGGCGCAUGCUACCACACAUCGCCGGUGGGGUACAUAGUCGGCGUAACAUGGACGGGCAAACGAUCCUCCAUCUAGCGAUCAGCAGCGGAGACCUGGAUACAGUUCGCACAGUAGCAAACUUCGUCACAGCAACACCAAAGGUCUUCAAUAUGCGGGAUCGCAGCGGGAGAACGCCCCUCCUACUUGCCACAGAAUGCAAGACCGAGAAGCUUGAGGUCGUUCGCCUGCUUAUCGCCCAGGGCGCGAAUAUCGAGGUCAUCGACAUUUCUGGUUCCUCUCCACUGCACAACGCGGCUCGCCGUGGGCACAGCGAAACCGUCCGGCUUCUCCUCGCCACUCUGUCAGGGCUACCGCACAGCAGCUCCCCAACUACUCUCCUCAAGCCAUCAGCCAGACUAGCCACCAUAUGGGGCAGCAACGAUAGGAUACCAGAUGACGACGAGCUCCUAGCCAUGCAUAAGAAGCCCCCGCAAAUACAGCGAACGGGCAUGUUUGAUUUUGGGGCUCCUUCGACCGCGCAGCCUACAUAUAUGCAGGUGGCUACUCGCCAGGGACCGCUGAUCAAUCUGGUUAACGAUAAUGGCUUUACCCCGUUGGCGCUGGCGGAAGAGCAUAGAGAUGUGGCUAACUGGCUUAUUGAGCAUGGCGCUGUGGCACUAGAUAAUGCCCAGCAACUAGAACAGAACGGGUGGUUUACUGGGCUGAAGAAGGCUGCGGGGUAUGGGUAUUGAUGGUGUGGAGUGGAUAUAGACAUGUAGUGUACCAAUCAUCUGCCCCUUUGGCCGCUGCCUGAUUAACAGAUUUAGUAAUUCCGGAUUUGGCGUGAAUACAGCCCCUUGGAUCAUAUUUAGCUCCCUUUUAGACAUUAGGAGCGCAGAUACAUCUAGUUGAGCAACGCAUCUUGAGUUUUAUCGGUUGGGCUAUAUUACUCGGUAACCAAAGUUUGUGAUCGACUCACCUUGCUUGCCCUGAGGGUUCG